AAGAAAAGAACGAGAUUGUAAAAACCCUAGCCGCUACUUAGUCUCUUCUGCUUCAUAUACUUCUCUUCUCCUCUCUUCUCCUCUCUGCCAUUCGAGAUCCUUCUGUUAGUGAAGCCGUAGCAGAGAAGAGAUCAUGGUGCACGUCUCCUUCUAUAGGAAUUACGGGAAGACAUUCAAGAAACCCCGACGUCCUUAUGAGAAGGAGCGUCUGGAUGCUGAGUUGAAAUUGGUUGGAGAAUAUGGGCUUCGUUGUAAGAGGGAGUUAUGGAGGGUUCAAUAUGCUUUGAGCCGAAUCCGAAACAAUGCUCGGAUGCUCUUAACACUUGACGAGAAGAACCCGCGUAGGAUUUUUGAGGGAGAGGCUCUCCUUAGGAGGAUGAACAGAUAUGGCCUUUUGGAUGAGAGUCAGAACAAGCUUGAUUAUGUCUUGGCCCUUACUGUGGAGAACUUCCUUGAGCGUCGGCUCCAAACUCUCGUGUUCAAGUCUGGUAUGGCCAAGUCUAUCCAUCAUGCUAGAGUGCUCAUCAGGCAGAAGCAUAUAAGGGUUGGAAGGCAGGUGGUGAACAUUCCUUCUUUCAUGGUGAGGGUUGACUCCCAGAAGCACAUAGACUUCUCUCUCACAAGUCCGUUUGGAGGUGGACGUCCUGGAAGGGUGAAGAGAAAGAACCAGAAGGCUGCUGCGAAGAAGGCUGCUGGAGGAGAUGGAGAUGAAGAAGAUGAAGAUUGAGUUAUUUAAGUUUUAUCUAUCACUAUUUAUCAGAGAGAAUGUUACAUCCUUCUUAGAAGUUUUGCUUCAAAUAUCUUUGAAUUAGAGAACUUGUUUGUUUUUUUGGUUAUGGGGAUUUGAUUAACCCAUUUUGGUUAUUAGUUGCCACAGUUUUUAUGCCUUGACUGGAUCGUUUGAAGGACUAUGUUUUUCUCAAUAUUUCUAUGCAUCAUGAUAUAUUUUUAGUUCUAUAAUA